AUGAGUAGAUUUCAUUUAUCAUCAACAAAAUUAAACGAAAUCCAAAAUCGUUAUGAUUUUAGAGUAGUAUGGAUUGGUUCCAAUGAUGUACCAAAUGAUUUAGAAAAUUUUGAUGAGCAUUUAGAGAAAUAUGAUACAUGUGAAAAUUGUGGAAAUGAUAUAAAGGAAGUUGAAAGCGAACAUAAAUUUCUUAUUAUAUUAAAAGGUUUUAUACCUGAAACAGAUUUUGAAAAUUUACGUCAAAUUCAAUCAAUUUAUGUUUUAAAAGAAAAAUAUCAAAAUCUCGAAUAUAAUCGAAAAAAUCAUCCAAAAGUAGUUGGAAUAUUUGAAGAUAUCAAUACAUUAAUCAAUCGAUUACAUAAAGAUAUCUUAUUAAUACAUAGAGAUUUACCAAUAAGUAUAUUUCCUUUAAGUGAAAUAAAAAAUGAACAAUCUUUUACCAAAUUAAAUGGAAAUACAUUAAUGUUUUUAUGGAAUCAACAUUUUAUUUAUUAUUUAGUUCAUCCUAUUAAUGCAAAUAUGGAGGAAUUAAAAACUGAUAUGUUAAAACAAUGUCAGUUAGAUUAUAACGAUAAUAAAACCCAACUAGGUCAUAUAGAAUCUUUCGGUGAAACCUGCUCAGAUGAAAAUGCACUAGAAUGGUAUACAAAAGAUUCAUUCUUAUAUCGAAGUUUAAAUAAAGCAUGCCGAACAGGAAAUAUUGACCUUAUGUGUAAAUUUCGAUAUUUUAUUAUUCUUUUAUAUAAAAACUUUGAACGUUUAUCAAAAUCACAAGACAAAAAUUUUUCAACUGUUUAUCGAGGACAAAUUAUGAAUAAAAAUGAACUUGAAAAAUUAAAGUUAAAUAUUGGAAGUUUGGUUUCGAUAAAUACAAUUCUAUCAACAUCAUGUAACGAAAAAAUUGCUCGUUCAUUUAUUCUUGAUGCUGAAGAUGCAGUUAUUUUUAAAAUUAAUAUUCCAAAUCGAAACGAUAACUCAUUUAUGCCAUUUAUUGAUAUUUCAAAAUCUAUUGGAAUAUCAUCGGAAGAAGAAGAAGUUUUAUUUUUUGUCGGAACUGGUUUUUCUAUUGAUUCUAUUCAAAAUACAACUGAUUCACCAUGUAUUAUUGAACUUACUCUCAAUAAUGAUCCAUAUAUCCACUUUAGAAAAUUAGUUUCUAUUUUCGCACCAGAAUUUCAGAAGAUAGCAGAAUGGUUUCUUUCAACUACGAACACAGAUUAUUCUAAUAAUACCAUCCAAGCGUUUAUUAAUACGAUCAUCGAUCCAUGGAUUCAGAAGAUCAAAGAGAAACACCAUUUGAUCAUGAAAACAGAUGAUUUUAAUAUGAUCGAACAAUACUAUUAUAUAUUAACAAAAAAACAAUUUUCAUCAAACAAUGAUCCUACCAUUAUGAUCUCUAUUCAUUUUGCUUUUCUUCUCAGUAAUUUAGGUUUAUAUGACAGAGCUAUUCAAAUAUAUGAACAAGGUCUCUCACUAAUGGAUAUCUCUACAAAGGGUCCUGAAUUCAUAGUUAUUCAUAUUAUUAUUGGUUAUCUUUAUUAUCAUUUAUCCCAAUAUGAUGAAGCUGAUGAGCAUUAUACUAUUGUAUUAUCAUUAUUAGAUGAAGAAAAUUUAUUAACAAAUGAACUUUAUAGAUAUAUUGCUGAUAUAGAGAGGAAAAGAAACAAUGGCAAUACUUCAUUAUCAUAUUAUCAAAAAGCAUUGGAAAUUGCAAAUAACCGAUAUAUUCCUUCGUUACAAUAUAUUUAUCAAGAAAUCAUCGAUAUAUUAAAAACACAAGGCAAUUAUACUGACGCUGAUAUUUAUGAAAGAAAAUUAAAGAAAAUUGAUCCGGAUAAAUACUAUAUAUCAUUAUCAACGUGGGGUGAUCAAACUAUACUAGACGAUUGUCGAUCCCGAUUGAACAAUGAACAUGAACCUAUUAAACGUGCUGAUUUAUUAUAUAAAAUUGGUUUACAUUGUGUAGUACAAGGUCCUUUUGAGGAAGCUUUAGAACAGUUUUUACAGGCGAAAGAUCUCUAUACAAAUCAACCACCAUCAUGGGAUCGUUUCCCUCAACAUUUAUCUAUAUUAUUCGAUAAUAUUGCAAUGCUUUAUCUAUUUUCUAAAAAUUAUUUGAAAGCAUUGAUAAUGUUUAGAAAAGCUAUUGACAUACGUAACAGUUUUCUUUCUUAUUAA